AUGGGCUCCCAAGCCCUGCUGCCCUGCCUACUGCUGUUCCAUGCAGUGAUUCUCCAUGAAGCAGACUGGCUUGCUGUGCAGCUCGUGGAAGGUUCUGGAAGGUGUUCUGGCCGUGUGGAGGUGUAUUUUGAAGGCACGUGGGGCACGGUGUGUGACGACCUGUGGGGAGAGAAUGAAGCGCAGGUGGUGUGCCAGCAGCUGGGCUGUGGGACGGCCGUGUCUGCCCCCGGAGAGGCCCAGUUUGGCCAGGGCUCGGGCCCCAUUCUUCUGGACAACGUGCAGUGCUCCGGGACAGAGGCCUCCCUGGGGCAGUGUGCCCACGCCGAUUGGUUCGCCCACAACUGCUGGCACGGGGAAGACGCUGGCGUCAUCUGCUCGGAUCUGAUGCUGGGCAAGCUGACAGCCUGUUCUCUUGUUGAUACCCCUUGA